AAAACAAACAACAAAAAGGAAUAUUUCACACUCAUUUGGUGAGAGUGCUCGAUUGUAUUAAAUUUAAUUCAAUUUUGCGUUUACAAUUGAUAAAACGCAAAAAAAAUUGGUUCGCAAUAGGGGACUCUUCUGACUCAUAACGUACCAAGUGAUAAUUUUUUUUUAAAUACGAAAUUAUUGUGACAGUGGCCCAGUAAAAAUGUUAAGAUUUUUGUUUUUGACCUUUUCAAUACUCAUCACACGCGAUUACAAUGCAGUUCAAGCAUACAAACCAGUGGUUUUAGUUCACGGAAUUAUGACGGGAGCGCCGAGUAUGAAUUUGAUUCAACAGGAAAUUAAGAAAGCCCAUCCAGGGACGAUUGUCUACAAUACGGAUAGAUAUUCUGGUUGGUCGAGUUUAGAAAAUGCUUGGCAUCAGGUUGAAGUAUUAGGAAACGAUUUGAUGGAAAUCUGUCAGCGGCAUCCAGAAGGUGUUCAUCUAUUGGGAUAUUCACAGGGUGGUCUUUUGGCACGGGCUAUACUAGAAGUGUAUGGAGAACAUAAUGUUAAAAACUUUAUCUCCUUGAGCUCACCGCAAGCAGGCCAAUUUGGAACCGCAUUCUUACAUUUGAUAUUCCCCGAUUUGGCAGCCAAAACCGCUUAUAAUCUAUUUUACUCCUAUGUUGGACAACACACGUCCGUCGGAAACUACUGGAAUGACCCGCAUCAACAGUCUCUCUACUAUAAUUUUAGCUCAUUUUUGCCAUACGUUAACAAUGAAAUCAAGUCAUAUAAUUCGUCUCGCUUCCGAGAAAAUCUCCUGAAAGUCGACCAAAUGAUUUUGAUUGGAGGACCAGACGAUGGUGUUAUUACGCCAUGGCAAUCUAGUCACUUUGGUUAUUUCGACGAAGAAGGAGAAGUGAUACCAUUUUAUCGUCGAAAAAUCUACACAAAUGACGAUAUCGGAUUGAAGACACUGUUCAAAGAAGGGCGAUUGCAAGUGCUCACCUUCCCGCAUGUACAUCACUUUGCCUGGCACAUAAAUAUUUGGGAAAUUUCAGUUCACUGGGUGUGCUGCGAAAUUACGAGAUUUGUCGAGCCAUUGUUCGCGCCUCUGCGUGGCGAGUACACACAACCGUCUAAAUCCCCGAACUAAUGCGCAUACCGUGUUGAUCUUGAAUUGUGUGUUUUUUUUGCGGAACACAUAACGAAGUGAAGGAAAAAAAGAAACAUAAUAAAAACGAGAAUUACGAAAACUCAUUUGCGCGAAACAUACACACACACACAUGCGUAUACUCGCUGUCGCCGACCGUGUGUAUUCAAGUGCUAGUGAUAAUAACAAUUAUUGUGUAGUCAAAAGUCGAAAUAUCGUAAAAAUUGUGUUUAGGUAAACAAGCGACGUUUGUGUAUUGUUCAAAUGAAUAGAAAAAAAGUUGCACACGUGAAUGAAAUCACGAGCUAAAGAGCGAAAAAGAGAGAGAGAGACAGCGAGAAAAAGUGCGCCGGCGAAUCUAAUGAAUUCAAUGGUUCUAAUGAAGCUGAUACGUAAAUUUCCGAAUUAAAGUUUCCAAAUGAUUUUCAAGAUAAAUCACUUGAUUUUAAGCGAUCUCGUUUCCCGGAGAAAACCCCAUUGAAACCGUUAGUUUUUUUUCCACGACGAAAAAGUGAAAGAAAACGGGGAAAAGAAUACAAUCUUAAUGUGACAGAAUAACUCGAGAGUGAGAAAAAGAUUGAAGAGAUUGCACAAUUUACGGUGUGAAAAAGAGAAUGUGGCAAUAAAUCAAUAUCAUAUUUAUCUUGAGAUUGAAGAAUUGCCCACAGUUAAACUGUGAACCCAAUCGCAGUGUAGAUAUUUCGAAGGAAUUGUGUAAAUUGUGAAUGUGAUUUGUGUAUCGUCUGGAAUAUUUAUUGUAUGCUGAACGAAUUGUGGACAGAGAAUUUGAUAUUUCAAUCCGUCGGUGAAUUGAUUUGAAUAAAGCACCCA